AUGUCAUCAAGCACAGCAAAACCGGUGUUUGACUUUACCGGAAAAGUCAUUCUCAUAACAGGAUCUAGCUCAGGAAUUGGCGCCGCCUGCGCUCGAAAGUUUGCCCAAGCUGGUGGAAAAGUGGUAAUCACCGGCUACGAAACGGACGAUGUCAUCUCAGUAGUGGCAGAAAUUGAGCAGAUAACCGGUGUGAAGCCGUUCUCAAAAGCGGGCAACCUGCUGGAGGAGGGCUUCAUCGAGUCGCUGAUUGAGGGCACCAUCAAGGCUUACGGGCAAAUCGACGUCCUCGUGAACAACGCCGGGUGGAUCAGCGCCGAAGACAGCUUUGAAAGUGAGGCCUUCAUCGAGCAGUACGACAAGAUUAUGGGCCUCAACUUACGGAGCGCCCUAAAGCUGAUGUACGCCUGCAAGGAGCACCUGGGCGCCACCAAGGGCGCCAUUGUGAACACUGCCUCGGUCUGUGGGCUGAACCCGCUGGAGAAGCCCAUCUACUGCGCCUCCAAGGCGGCCCUCAUCAUGGCGACGCAAUGUGCCGCACUGCAGUUGGGAAAACUGGGCAUUCGCGCCAACUGCGUUAGCCCGGGACCGAUUGCCACGCCCAUUGGGCGCUACGUGGGCCAGCCGGAGAUGAUGCUCUUCGAUGAUGGCCGCUGUCCGGAAACGGAGUUGACCAUUCUCAAGCGAAAUGGCCGCCCUGAAGAGGUGGCCAGUGUGGUGCUCUUUCUCGCCUGCAAUGAGGCAUCCGGCUAUGUGACCGGCGUCAACUACGUCGUCGACGGCGGCUACAUGUGCCACUAA